ACCGGGGCUGCGGUUGUGCCCGUUCUGGAUGCGUCUUCGGUGGCUGACACUACUUGUCUUUCCCCGCCACACAGGGCUCAAUGUACGAUAAGAGCGGUGUGAGGCUUAUGGCAAUCGCUAUUAUGCAAAUGUUCGAGAACGAACGUAGCUCCUUCCAGGAUGCGGCGCGGGCGAAGAUCCCCGAAUCGUUCCAUGAUGAUAUUGCGGGUCCAGUGGCCAAUCUUGGCAACGAGUUCCAAAGCGCUAUGAAAGCUCUAGCAUAAAGGUCUCUCCGCGACAGACCAAUCACAUUUUGUCCCGAUCGAGCCAGGGCCUCAAAUAGCUGCUGAAUUUCAUGUCAAUCGCAGACAUAAAA